AGACAUCUGCAGUUUCACAGCCAACUUGUCUUUCCUUGCGAGCAUAUAGCGUUGUUUAAAACUCGUAUUCACUUGGAUACUUUUUAGAGUGAAUUUGAUUCUAUCUUGAUUUGUGAUACGUACAAAAAAUUCAACAUGGUUCAAGGUGGAAUGAGUUGCAUCAAGUAUUUGAUGUUCAUAUUUAAUUUCAUAUUUGUGGUUUGUGGUAUUGCUCUAAUAGCUGUUGGUGCUGUUGUUCAAGGGAAAGAUUUCACAGUAUUCUUGGACUCUAAAUAUGUUACGGCACCCACAAUUCUCAUCAUUGUUGGAGUUAUCAUUUUCCUUCUCGCUUUCUUAGGAUGCUGUGGUGCUAUCCGAGAAAAUUAUUGCAUGGUUAUGACCUUUGGUGUUCUCUUGUUUAUCAUUUUCGUGAUUGAAAUUGCUGGUGGUAUUGCUGCAUAUACAUACCGUAACCAGUUUGAAGACUUUUUGAGGAAAAGCAUGAAUGAAACUAUUGGACAAGAUAAGGAAGAUGCCAGAAAAGUAUGGAAUGAAAUGCAAACUAAAUGGGAGUGCUGUGGAGUUAAUGGACCUAUGGAUUAUCUCUACAAUAACAGAAAUAUAUCUGAUUCCUGCUGUGAUCCUAAAUUUGAAGGUCAAUGUACUUUAGACAAUUCUUACUCAAAAGGUUGCUUUAACCAGAUGCUUGAGAGGAUUAAAGGUGUAGUUGGAGCUGUUGGUGGAACUGCUAUUGGAAUCGCUUUUGUUGAGGUAAUUUGAAAUUUUAUAAAUACGAUUU